GGCCAUUGUCCGUCGCUUCGAAUCGCCGUCGUCAAGGCUUACGGAUCAUAGGUCUAGACCCAUCGCUAGUCACGCAUUGUCGCUAAGAACCGGCCGAAGGCACCCCCGACAGGUACCGUACGCGGAGAGUUUCACCUUCACUCUGAAGCAACACCCUGACAUACCGUCUAAGCAAAACGUCACCAUGGAAGCAAACGCCAACAAUACCGCACAUUCCACACCAACGCCCUUUUCGCGCCUCCCUUCCUUCCUCUCCGUCAAGAAACCCCACUCCUCAACCAAUACCCCAGCCUCAGCGCUAGCAACAACACUGUCAUCCGAGCAACCACCCCCGAGAACUCUCUUCUCCUCCGCCCAGGACGAAACCGCCGACCUCCUCAAGACCAUCCACCAUGCGCGCACGCAACUCCGCGAGGUACAGCGACUGUACCGCCUCAAGGCCGCAGGGUUGGAUACCACCGAGACCCACUGGAUCGAAGCCACGAUGGCCGACCUGGACGAUGCGGUGCGCGCGGUCGCGCUGCUGGUGGAGCCGGCCCGCGUGGAGCAGGAGACUCGGCGGCGUCGGGGGAGUAUCGGCCUGACGACGCAGCUGCGGUGGGUGUGUCGCGAUAGUCGGCGGGCACGGUUGCAGCGCAGUCGGCUGCUGAUGUGUCACCAGAGCUUGAUGGUGGUGUUUGAGCGGUUGCGUGGGGUGCAGGUUCGCGCUGGUGGUGCUGCAUACCAGCAGGAGCAGAAUGCGAUGGAAUUGCCGGCUGGUGAGGUUGUGAGACCGGGGGAUGGAGAUGGUUUGGUGGGGGGCUUGGGUGCGGAGGGGGGAAGGGAGGAAGGCGCGGGAGGGGGGUCGUCGGGUGGAUUGGAGGAAGAGAUGUUGGAUUUGCUACGGUGGAGGCAGUCUAAGGGGAAUGCGGCUGCUGUUGGUCGAGCGGAGGAGGUUUUGGCUGAUGGGGAUGUUUUGAGAGUUUGA